AAAUUAUACGAAUUCUUCGUUUAAUGAUUUCUUUUUUGGGAAUUUUUUUUAAGGAUUGAAGUCUGUAAUGUUCAACAACAGUUGGAAAGGUUUUAACAACAAGCAGUGCUUGGUAGGUUGCACAAACAGUCUUGUGUCUACUGUCAUGUGAGUCUUGCCAAGUUCGUUGAAAUUAUACUUAGUGAAAUGACAAGUACCAGAUGGGAAGUGCUUUGGUCCCCUGUCCACAAAAACAAGUUUAUCAAGUGGGACACGGAAAUAUCACUCUAUGAGACGCUCGACCAAAACGACUGCGACUUGAAAGAUGACUAUGUUGAAAUAUCUGAGUACACUGUCGCCAGGCUUAUCGCUAAAAAUUCGAACCAUCAUUAUAUGAAAUGUGUCGAUAUUUACCCAAAAGAAGAAAAAGACCUCUUGCUUGCAAUAGGGCAGGCGAAUGGCAAGGUUGUCCUUACAUCCUUUGGUCCAUCCCAGUUCGAUUCAUUGGGUCUUACUGGCCUCGAACUUCCUCCAAAAUAUGCGAGGCAGUGUAACGUCGUUCAGUGGAAUAAAAUUGAGAAUCACCUCAUCGCCGCUGGCCUCGAUAGGUACAGGAGCGACCAUUGCAUACUCGUCUGGGACCUGAAGACCCGUCAUCACAACCUGGUGGCUGAAUUGGGCCUGAGCGACAUGGCUCAUUCGUUAUGUUGGCUUUCGGAACACCCCAAAUCUUUAAUCAUCGGGAUGAAUAACAAAACACUCAAGAUGGUCGAUCUCAGAGAUACAUCAAGAGGUGCGAAUUCUUCUCAAACAAAAGCUGUUUACGGUGUGACAGUCCCACCACAUCCGAGCUAUCUUGUGGCAAGCUACAUCGAAAAUCAGAUUGCAAUCUGGGAUGUAAGAAGUUUUGAAAAGCCAGUUGUUACAUUACAGCAAGGCAAACCAGUAACAAAAAUUCUGUGGUCUCCUACUAGAAGCAAUCUUCUUGGAUCCCUUCAAAGAGAUAGCAGGUCGAUUCAUCUCCAUGAUGUACAGCAAAUGGAAGAUAUGGAGCCCACUAUACUUGAAAGAAGCAUUAAACCUUUAUUAAACCAUAUUCAGAUCACGUCGUUCUCUUGGCAUCCUAAAGAUGAAAACCGAUUACUCACUAUAAAUCUCUCAGGCUCUAUGACAGAUUACACGAUAUUUGAAAGGAUUACACUUAAUUGGAGCCAGAGUUGUAAUCUGGUUUGGACGCACGGCCAGAGGAUGCUCAAAUCCGUUCCAGUUUCAGACCCUUCCUACUCUAUUUUUGGUGAUAUUUCUAGUCUUAUGAAGAAACGAGCGUUUCAAGGAUACGGGCUCAAAAAUGAAUUGAAAGAGAAUGCAAAUCUAGUCGAUGACGAACAAGUUCAGAAAAUCUGGCAUUGGCUCGAUCAUAGCAAAGCACUCAUAGACGGCGGUGUGAUACCAAGCCCUGGAGGCGGGGCCAACAAACAUCCCGGAAUUUGCUCUGUUCUGGGACUCGAUAACGGAAACAACAGCAACGCAAGGUCAGAAUUGACGUUUUUAUCGUGGUCUGGUGUAAGAACCACAGCAUCAGCUAAAAUAUACAGGAGCGAAAUGAGAGACAGAGCUUUGAGCCUUUGCAAUUGGAAAUUUAUUCACGAACCGAUGGCACUUCAGAUCACUAUAGAGGAAUUAAAGGAGCAAGGCUGUGUAACAAAAGCGGCAUCACUUGCUGUGUUUGGACUUAAGUUGAAACAGGCCAUUAAAAUAUUAUCUGAAUCUCACAAUACUGUAUCUAUGGCUCUGUCAGGCUUCACGGAUGACAAAACGAGCGUUUGGAGAGAAUCUUGUAUCGCAUCUCGGGCUAAUUUGGGUGACCCGUAUUUAAGGGCGAUUUUCGCUUUUUUAACUUCUGACUCUGAUAAUUAUGAACUAGUAGUUAAUGAACAAGGGAUGGAUGUGGAAGACAGAAUAGGCUUCGCUUUGACUUUCUUAUCUGACAACAAACUCAACGAAUUUAUUACCCAGCUUUCCGAUUCGUUGACAUCAGAGGGAAAUCUAGCCGGGAUCCUACUGACAGGGAUGUGCAGUCAGGUGCUUCCUUUGUUUCAAAACUACUUGGACAAUUCCUGCGACAUACAAACCGUAAGCGUGGUUGUAAUGCGUACUCUCCCGCCUUUGCUGUUAGAACACGAAAGAGCGCAGUAUUGGAUAAACUGUUAUAGAGAAUUAUUAGACAUGUGGAGGAUGUGGACGCAAAGGGCCCAGUUUGAUAUCUGGUACUACAGCAGGUCGUCAACAAGGCCCGAACAGCAAGUUUACGUCUCGUGUAACUUUUGCGGCAAAAGUACAUAUUCUAUUCGUAAUGCAACAAAGAAUAAAGGACAGUAUCCAAGAUCUAAGCUGAGCUGUUGUGCAAAUUGUAGAAAGCCACAGCCUCGGUGUGCCAUCUGCCUAAUGCACAUGGGAACGGCCUCAACUUACCAGCCAGAAAUUACAAACCCACCUAACCUACAGUUGAAUCCAUUUGACUCUUGGUAUUGCUGGUGUCAAGCUUGCCGACAUGGAGGACAUGUCUCCCAUAUAAACCAAUGGUUUAAGGAACAUCAAGAAUGUCCUGUUACGGAAUGCAACUGUAAAUGCUUUUCUCUAGAUGCCCUAAGCAAUAAUUUUUCCUAAUAUGGUUAUUUUAUACCAUUGUACAUGAGUAUUUGUGUAUUUUAGAAUUGUUUAUUUUAAAUCUCAUGCUUAGAAGUCCAAAGUGAUUGUUUAAUGUACAAAGUAUCAGGGAUAAAAAAUGUUUACUUAAAAUUUUUAAUUAUUGAUUACUAUUUAUAAAUAUGAAUAUUUUCGAUAACUUUUAUACAUUACAUAUUAAGUUAUGAAAUUAAUUAAACUUUUUUUCUUUUAUUUGCAUCAUGACAUUGCAAACGUGUAGUAGUUAUUGUAACAUGGCAAAAAAAAUUCUACCACAAAUAGAAAAUUACAAUAAGUAUUUUUUGUGAUGAUUUACUUAUUUAUUUAAUAUUGUUUUGAAGUCUUUCAUAUUUUUACGCAUUAGAGACUGUAUGAUUAUACUGUUAAAUCCAAUGCUCAAAAAUUCUAUGCAUUAAGUCAUUUUU